CUUAUACUUACUACUUGACGCUACCCGAAGCUAAAAAGGCUGCACUUUUGAUCUCUCCACUUCUCCUCCUCUUCUACUACUAGCUCUUCGCAACACAUACAUACUAUAGAAUUAUCAGAGCUGAAAGGCGAGCACGUUGCUAAACUAGCCUCUUAAUAUGGCCACCAGCGAGACGCCCGAGCCAGCUGCGGCUGCUACCUCGGCCAAUGCGCCCCCAGGCGCGCUGGAAGGGCCAAUUGCAGCUGACCCCAGCCAAGGGGAAGGGGAAGAAUUCGACGACGCGGACUCUGCACUUGGAGAGGGCGACAACGCGAGCUCAACAGCAUCCCUGACUGAGAGUAUCUUGGAGUAUCGCACGCUCAAUGGCCGCACAUUUCACAGCUCCAGGCUUGGGUCUGAUAAUUACUGGGGUCCAAACGACGAGCGCCAAAAUGAAGCCAUGGAUAUGAACCACCAUUUCAUGACUCUCUGCUUGGGGGGACGACUUUUCAUGUCGCCUCUCAAGCCCGACAUACAAAAAGUACUCGAUAUUGGCACUGGGACAGGCUUAUGGGCAAUUGAUUUUGCAGAUGAAUUUCCUAAUUGCGAAGUAAUCGGAACGGACCUCUCUCCAAUUCAGCCCUCGUGGUGUCCGCCAAAUGUGAAAUUCGAGAUUGACGACGCGCAACAGCCAUGGACAUUCGCGCCUAACAGCUUUGAUUUCAUACACCAACGAUACAUCGUAGGUGGCAUUGCAGAUUGGACGGCUUUAUUCAAGCAGGAAUAUGCUGCUCUCAAACCCGGCGGGUGGAUUGAGAGCUUCGAGCCUGAGGCCGAUUAUCGUAGCGAUGAUGGCACCCUGAAGCCCGACUCGGCCCUAUAUGUCUGGCGUGACUUAUUUGCCGAGGGCGGCAAGAAGUUAGGCGUCUCCUUCACGCUUAUCACGGACAACACGAUACCGAAGGCUCUCGAGGAGGCUGGCUUCAUAAAUAUUACAGUUAAAGACAUCAAGGUUCCAAUCUCGGGAUGGGCAGCUGAUCCAAAACUAAAGGAGAUCGGGCAAUGGUUCCAAUACACACUUGAGCAAGACCUGGAAGGUUACGUUAUGUUCAUGUGGACUAAGGUAUUGGGCCGAUCAUUGGAAGAGAUGCACGUAUUUCUUGCGGGUAUCCGCAAAGAUAUGCGUAAUAAAGGGGUCCAUGCAUACUUGCCUCAACGUCUAGUAUAUGCGCAAAAGCCGGAAACCGCUUAGGACGGCCAAACUUCCUUGGGUUAUGAUUUACGAAGUUACGUCAUAUAUCAGCAUAUUGGAUAUAUCUUUGCAUUCCUUGAAAAGCAGACUGUAUAUAAAACCGCUUGGCAUAAAUUCUAAUUACAUAGGUACUUACAUAACGUACAAUGAUACUAUAUUCGCUCGCUA